UUUGCCCUAGGAUUUAGUCUCCUACUCUUUAGCCCACAGAUCAGGUCAUAAAUAGCUGGUUAAGUCCUAUCCGGUCUUUGCAAAGCUCAUUGGCUUGAAUUUGGAGGAGGGAUCAAUCUACUAUAAAAGAUGAAGUGACGCAAAAUUUCACACAAUGCUUCCUGAAGCUCAGCUGAGCAGCAUCAGCUCACUUUAAAGUGUGUGACCGCUUUGGGACGAAAGGAAAUAAGAAUUCUGAAGGACAAUUUCACUGUUAUAUGCUGAAGAUGACUUGUGCAAAUGUGAUGUCGAGGUUUGGGCCGCCUGUCUCCGCGAGGUCUGUGGACAUGACCGUGGGCUUCAGGUGCAGAGGAUCACCAAACAUCAACCACCUGCUCGGCGUGUCUUCCCCCAAACCCCUGCGGCCCUGCAUCUCCCGUCAGCCGGUGUUUGAGUACAGACACUCCCCUUCCACAGGCCUCAUCACAGCCAAAAGCGGCCGCGGGGAAAAACGCGUCGCGUUCGCGGACGCCAAAGGACUUUCCCUCAUCACGGUGCGCCUGUUCUCCGAGAAAGAGGAAAAAAUCCCGCGUGAACAGGUGAAAAUACUACGACUGAAGAAGCUGGGCUGCGUUAAAGAGACCGAUAAUAAUACUUCGAGGUUGAGGCUUGGGUUUGAGCAGCCUUGUGGAGACUUCCAGGCGUUCAGAAGCCGGCUUCAGGAUCGCAUGGUGGCGUUGGAGAGCUGUAAUGUCACCAGGUGCUCCAUCCUCGGCACCGUGCGCGUCAAGAACGUUUGUUUUGAGAAAGCGGUGCAAAUCCGUAUAACUUUCGACUCCUGGCGCAGUUACCAGGAUGUGGCGUGUAGUUACCUGGAGCACAGUUAUGGGGAACCUGGAACCGAUGUGUUUGAGUUUAACAUCCGCGUCCCUGAGCGGAUAAACCCGCGGGAGCGCAUCGAGUUCUGCGUGUCUUACUUACCGGCUGCGUUCAGUGCUGCUCAAUGGGACAACAAUAACGGCAAAAACUACUGCAUUCAUGUGUGUGAAGUGUGACCGACUGCUGUUUUCUAAUGACACCUUCAUACUCCGUGCAAACAAUCCCAAAACUACAAACGUUGCACUUGCGUUCUGACCCGUUUAGCACAUACUAACUCCAAUGCUGUGCCACGAUCGCUGAGUGCGUUUCUGAGCACUCAAUUGUAUUUUAUAAAUUUAAGUUUAUAUGUAACAUUUGGCAAAUCGGCAGGUGUAUAAAUCUCCCACAUUCUGUGGAAAUGUUUAUUAAACCUCGCAUGCUGUGGAAGAUAUUUUUGACAAUUGUAUCGGAUAAAUGUUAUUUUAUAAUUUUUAAAUAUGACUUAUUUUAGGAAUGUGCCAUUUAUUUUGUAAGCUUGAGCACUUUAACAUGUUUAUAAAACACUUGCAUACUGUGGGUAAUUUAUUAAUUUUUAUAAAUAUUUUAUUAAAUAAAGCGCACUGAACUUGCA